GUGACGAUGUGGUUCCUCCUUCUCCUCUGCGCUGCUCUCUUUGAGCAGGUGAUCACACAAGCUGAUGACCCCAGACUGUAUCUUAAGGAUGGAGACGGCCCGUGUGAAGGCUACGUUAAAAUCUACAAAGGAGAUUGGGGUUACCUUGGCGACAGUAACUGGAACAGAACGACUGAAGAAGUGGUGUGCAGGAGCACCCACUGCGGGGAGCCGGUGCCGGACGCAAUGGGUGAUGUGAGUCGAAAAACUGAUGGUAAAACCUGGCUCAAUGAAGUGGAGUGCGAUGGAACAGAGGAUCAGCUGUGGAAAUGUAAACAUCCAGGUUGGGGCAUCAGCUUCUACCAAAAGCCGACUGUGAAGAAGGUGGCAUGUUCUAACAAAAUCAAAAUCCAUCUUGAAGGAGAUACAUGUGCAGGAGCUGUCCGGUACUCAACAGAUGAUGGGAAAACACCUUCAGGUUACUUGUGUUUUGACAAAGAUAACACAAGAAAGGAAGCAGUCGAUAAUUUGUGUGAAAGCCUCGGAUGUGGUAAAUUCCGUAAUUUUUCCGAGCCGGCUCAGGUGGCCUUGGAAGGACCGUCAACGUUUAUGAAAAUCAAGUGUCCCGAAAAUAUGAAUUCCACAUAUCUUUGGCAAUGUGUAACUCAGGAAAAGUGCGAGAAACCUGCUUAUGUCGUAUGCACAGAUUAUAAAAGAGUGCAACUCAGAGGAAACUCAACAAACGCCUGUUCUGGGCGGUUGCAAAUGGAAGAAGGAAAUGACUGGACUGACAUAAAGCUCUCGGACCUCAAACCCACUAACGUGUGCAGCCAGAUGCACUGUGGUGACAUUGUCAAUAUCACUAACAAUGAGACACAGCUGAAAUGCUCAGACACCGUUGAAGUCGUUCUGAAGGACAACACGACCAGCUGCUACGGUUACGUUCAUAUUAAGGUGAAUAAUAAAGAUCACCCUGUGUGUGGCACCGGAUGGUCCAAAGAGAACUCUGAAAUGGUUUGCAGAGAGCUAAAAUGCGGAAAAGCAGUGAAUACGGACUUUGUACCUAGUAAGUCCUCAAUGGGAUGGAUAAUGGACAUGGUGGAAUGCAAAGGCAAGGAGUCCUCACUGUGGCACUGUAAAGCCAAGCGAGACAAAACAAAAAAAAUGUCAUGUCAACUCAACGCCUACGCAAUGUGUGAAGGGAGUGUCGACGCGAGAUUGGUGGACGGCCCCGGAAAAUGUGCCGGGAGGGUGGAGAUCCAGUUUGAGGGCAAGUGGCAAAACGUUGAUAAACAGAAAUGGGAAGAUAUCAAUUCAAACGUUGUCUGCCAACAACUGAAAUGUGGAGAUGCAAGAGAACCCAAUAGCGCUGAAAAAUUCAGCCAGGGGUCAAGUGAUUUCCUGCAAAAGAACAUAGAAUGCAAAGUAGGCGUCAAACACAUAUCUGAGUGUAAAGUGACAAACUUGGCCACCUCGCCUCGCGAUAAGGAAGCACUCGGAAUAAUCUGUGAAGAGCACAAGGUGGUAUUUCUCGAUGGAAAGAGUUCCUGUUCUGGAAAAGUGAGGAUAGAGAAGGGCAACGUUAUCUCCUGGCUCUCCGGAUCCAACGAGACGUGGAACCAAGAGACCGCCAACACUGUGUGUGGACAGAUGCACUGCGGGGAGGCCCAAAGCUUUAACCACAAACCUAAUUCUAAAAAGGUUUUAAUUGAAUCAUACAAGUGCCCAUCCAACGCCACAUCUCUGUUUGACUGUGAAACAGCCCCAUUAACAUCAGACUCCAAUGCCAGUAUUGCCACCGUGACAUGUUCAGAAAAAAUCAAUAUAACCCUGACCGAAGAGUGUUGGGGCAGGGUCAAUGUUUGCAUGAGGGGGAAGUGUGGAGGAGUGUGCAGGAACACCUGGACUGACAGCAUGUCUGAGAGACUGUGUAAAGAGCUGAAAUGUGGGAAUAUCGCCCUGAAACCCAUCAAUCAACAAGGAUCGGGGAAGGUGAUCAUCAAGAGUGCGCACUCUCCAAAGAAUCCUGCCAAUCUGACCAGUUACAACUUUGUCAUAAAUGAUGUUAAUGAUCGAACCUGUAGCCAAAAACCAGCCUAUGUCGUUUGCUCGGGUAGCAUCAAGCCCAAACUAGACACUUUUGGAGACAAAUGUUCUGGGAAUGUUCUGCUGUCCUAUGAAAAUCAGUUACUCCCAGUGUGCAAGGAAGCUCUUGAAGACAAGACCACACAAAACGCCAUCUGCAAGGAGCUGGAAUGUGGUGUUGCUGACAACAGCACUGACUACAUCGGACCUCCACCAGAAACGAAUCAUAUAUCAAACCUGGAGUAUGAGUCAAACUUGUUAAAGACAUGUGAAGUCCCUCCUAACAAGCAGCCCUGCCGUCUUGGUGGCCUCCAAUGCUCCGAAUGGAGGAAGAUCACACUCAGUGAUACCUGUACUGGAGCUGUGUAUGUUAAAUCAAAGGAAGAAAACAUAGUUGCUGUUGGUGCGGAAGGCCUUCCAACAACGGUGGGCGAGAAGUUUUGCAAGGAUCUGAAGUGUGGGCCCUUUAAGUCGGUGACGCAAAAGAAAGCCAAUGAGAGUCUCUGGAAGAAGAGCUUCAACUGUACAGAUGUUGGAGAAGAAGGGAAAAUAUGGGAUUGUGAAAAGCCACAAGCAUCCACACAGGAGAAUCAGCUCGUAAUUGAAUGUGAAGAAAAGCCUAAAAUCACCCUCUCAGGGCAAUGUCACGGUAAACUGAAGAUAAAUGGCCUUGAGGUGUGCGACAGUCAAUGGGACGAUAAAAAUUCACAGAUCGUUUGCCAAGAGCAAAGUUGCGGCAACGCUAUUGUUGGUAAAUUAAAUCAUACAAGUCCUGGUUCAGGUAACUACCACCAUGUCCAUUGUGAGGACCACCAUUACAAACUUGGCCAGUGCAAGAGAGUCACUGCACCGUGUAGAGGAAAAUUGGUGUUUAUUCACUGUGUUGGCAAUGUCAAGUUCAGGCUCAAACAACAAACAUGCGGAGGUCAGAUUGAGGUCAAAUAUCGAGAUAUGUGGGAGAAAGUGUGCGACUUUCCCCAGCAUUUUCAAAAAACUCUGUGUGAAAUGCAAAAGUGUGGCGAGGUGUUAGAACCCCAGCCCAAAUCUGGGAAAAAAGAGGUCUACAUGGAAACAUCAGUGGAAUGCAAGGAAGGCACGGAAUACCUCAAUUACUGUGUCCUCCAAAAGGAUUGUACAAAACAGCCUACUGAGCUCUACUGUAAAGGGUAUGUGUUUCCCAAACUAAAACCAAAAAAAGAUGACUCGUUCCCGGUAGUGUCUGUUAUCGUGGGCUUAGGAUUUCUUCUUGUUGUGGUGGUACUGACCGUUAUAUUUGUACGAAUGUACAUAGUCAGGAGGGCCAAGAAUGUCUCAUUGAGAAUGUUUCCAAGAAAAGAAGUAGAGUUUGAAAGUGGCGAUAUGGACGAUUUCCACAACAAAGCAAAUGAAAUGGAAGACUUCAGGCGUGGUAGAUUCAGAUCAGAUUCUGAAGUCAUCGCAGAGCAGGACGCACGGAGCACUUCCUCUUAUCCUUAUGAUGAUAUUGAUGAAAUGGAGGAGGGUCGGCCCCUGACCUCUCAGGCAGACACUGACGCCGCCUCAGGAGACUACAUGCCCAUGCCAGACAGUGCCCCUGAUGAAAGCGCAGAUGGGGUGACCUAUGAGGUGGACGACCCACAGGAGAAUUACGACGACAUCGAAGCCAGCCCUGAGGUCACACAGACUAAAGCUCAAGUCUACAACACUCCCAAAAGCCCACCUGAAAGCGUCGCAGUGGCACCUCCAGGAUUGCGAAAGGGGGAUGAGGACUAUCUAGUGCCAGGCCAAGAUGGGUGAGCCAAACAAACUGGACGAACAAACGAAAACUUGCUGAAAUAAUAUCCAAUUUGGCAAGGUGGAUCACCCCAAAUGCAAAACCCAGCACUCUCUUACUUACUCAAAAGAGUCCAAAUUACAACAAACAAUUUAUUACAGUUUGCAAGAUAUAUUUGUAUCCCUCUUAAAAAACAAACUGAAUUAUGCAUUAUCUAAAAUACUGAUCAUUUUGAAAGUCUCAUACAUUUCCUGUCUAAGCAGAAAAAUAUAAUCUGAUUCUACACUGCUGGUUUAUGUACUUUCCAGUGAGAUUAAGCCAGUUUCAUCUCUUAAUCUACGUACUUUUGUAUUAUAACAUGUAAUAAGUGUUGGCCCGCCAUCCAAUCACAGAAAAAAAACGAGUGUUCUUCUUCUGCAAAUGUACAAAGCAGUCUUUUCUUUGUCUAAAAUCUCCUGCUAGUUGUUGAUUUUACAGCUUUCAACAUAUUUUACAAGCAUUUGUUCAUAAAGUACAUAAAGUAGUUGAGCUUCUAUGAUUUUAGCUAUUUUUUUUAUGAGAUUGUUGUUUUUGCAGUAGUUUGUCAAUGAUACAUUAGAUUAUUCAUAUCAACUGCAUUACAUGGAAACACAUAACAUACAUAACAUAGCAUACAACAGUUAAAAAUUUAGCUCCAUAAAAUGCAGACACAGCAAAAAUGACGUCACCGUGGAAGCCAAACCAUGUAUCUCCAAGUUUGGUUAUUUUGAACCUUUGAAAGAUUAGAUUAAGUUUGCUUUUAUAGACGUUUUUUUAAGGUAUACAAAAAUACUCUAUUUGUAUCUAAUCUGUUUUUUUCCACCAAAAAAAGUUAACUUAAGUAUAUAUGAAAAUCAUGAAAUCACACUUACAUCUGCUCACUUAUUGAAGACUCCAAUAUCUAUGAAUUUACUCAUAUUUUUCAUUUAAAAAAUGUGGACCAGCAGAUAUAAAAUGUCUUUUACUUAACUAGAGGCUUCAAGUUUUUUAUGCAAGUUGCAUAUUGGACCACAAAUUGUCUCCAGACUAGCUGUGAUGUCACAAACGGUGCUUUAAAUACACUUUAAGAGAUUUAAAGUGAGCACCAAUUUAAUACAUGAAUAUAAAACUACGGUCAAAAAUAUGCAUAUACAUCCAUGUGUACAGAGAAGUUGAGACAUCAACAAUAAGCUACAUAUAUUUUUAAUGGAGGGGGGGACUUUUAUGUAAAAAAAAAAAAAAAAAAAGCUUAAAAAACAAUUAUAGAUUAGCUGAAAAACACACUGUCACACAUUGUUAUACAUGUUUUUUACAGGACAGUGAUGAGUCAAAAGUUUGUAGGAUUUAUAAGAAUGUAUAACGUUGAUUUCAUUGUCACAUUUAUGGUUUAUUAUUGUUUUUUUAAAAACACAUUCUAUUAAACAUGAAUACAAUGUUCAGUUAGCCAUGACUGUCAUCUCUUAUUUUUUUUCUUCCAUGACUUUUUGUACAUAUUGAGAAGAGGUUGUAAUAAUGUCAAACUUACAUUUCAAUCAUAUAACAUCAAAUAAGUAAAAAUAGCCCAAAAAUA